AAUUUUAAGCAAAUAAAUCAUGGAGGAAUCAAAAACAGAUAUGGACGAUUACUUACAAACUCAGAGUGAUAAAAAGUUAGUGAAUACCCCCACCAAGUCAUAUGCAAUGACCACUGAUUACGAAUUUGGAAGGCUUAGUAUCAACCACCAGGCUAAUGAAAGAGACGAAUACUUAAAACAACGACUUGAAAGGAUCAAAGUCAUGAGAGACUUUGACCAGUCCAAAGACAUACACGAGUAUGAUUACACAGAUGUUAAGAGAAGAGGAGAUGGCAUCAUUUACCGCAAUCGACCCCAAAAUUACUACACAAAAUAUCAGCCUAACAGUCUUAAUGAAGAGGAGGAAGUAGAAAAGACAAAUAAACUUGGCCUAAGCAGAUAUCUCAAGCUCUUAAGUGAGGAAAAGAUAAAGGAUAAUAAUGUUAGUCCUGAGGACUUGGAUGCACUUAAGAGACUCUCUAGAAAAUAUAGAGACUCUCUCCAUUACCAAGAAGGCGAUGAGCUGGAAGAACGAGAGGAAAAUAAACGCUCUGAGAUUGAUAAUUCAGUGGAAAGGGAGCCAAAAGAAGAAACUAAAGAGUAUAUUACUGAAACGCCAGAGAAUUAUAAAUAUCCUAGCCCAGAUUCUAAAAAUGAUACUUUUAAAAGGUACUUACCUUUCUCUGAUUCUCCAAGCAAUGUGAGUUCUUUCAGAAAAUCAAAUUUUAAGCCAACCAAAAGUAACAAAAUAACACCUAAAAGAGUGCAUUAUGAAGAGUCUGCUGAAGAAGAUCCAUCUGAAGAAGGCCCAUCAGAAGACCCCAGAUUUAUGCCGACUCAGACUAGAGACUUGGGUGAAACUACCAAAUUCGACGUCAGAAGUCCAGCUGACACAAUUCUUCACCAAAUGGAGCAAACUGAAAGAGAAGAUUUUCUGGAGACCAUUGAUAACUACAAUGAGUCAAAGGCUUACUACCUUGAUGAUGGCACAUUGUACUUCACCAAUGGGCCAUUUUAUAAAGAAGAAAUGCAUUCAAGAGUUGAAAGGCACCAUAAAGAAUUGAUCAGAAACCCAGAUAAGCUAACAAAUCUAGUACCUGGGUUCUAUAAUGUCUCAGGAGGAUAUCAUAAGUCUCGAGAGGAAAGAAACCAGGAAUUCAUCGACCAAGCAUAUUAUGAUGUUUGCAUCAGAGGCUACCUCAGGAAUAGAAAAAGGUACAGAACUUCCUAUCCAAUCUAUGGUGAAAAUCUACAUGAGCCCAGGAGCAGCAACAGAGUUAUCCUGCAUGACCCCCAGAACAUCAGAGGUGGGACAAAAAUGUACUCAAACAUCACCCAAAAAGAGGUUGAGGAAUCUUUUGCCUAAAUCAAACU